ACAGUGAUGAAAGUAUCUGGUCACCUUAUUACUAUAUCAUACUGUUUCAAUUCUCUCUCUCUCUCUCUCUCUCUCUCUAUACAAACCAGUUGCUUGAUCAGUAGCCAUUGAUGAAAGAUUCAUGAUAAUUACUGAUCAGUCUGAACAUGUUUGCAGAGAGUUGAAUGAUACUAUGUGGGACUGAAUCAAAUCAUUCGUACAUCAAUAACAGCUAGCAGUACUAUAAAAUCUUUUUUAUUUAUUUUUAGCUUUCAUAUAUAGUUUUAUGCCCCCCAUUAUUUUCCUUUUUCUGGUUUUCUUGCCUUUUAAGCACCUCUUCAAACCCACCCUCUUCAAAAACUAGUAUUUCUUUCUUUCCUUCUCCUCUUCAUACUCUCUCUCUCCUCUCUCUCUCUCUAAGCUUGAUCAUCUCCGGAUAGUAUGCCUGAAUGUCCAGAGAAAGGGAGAGAUUUGAUGAGAUAGGGAAGAAGAUCAAAAGAGACAUAGAUGCAUCAUUUCAGUUGGGAAGAAGACAUAUGUUAGGGAUUCCUGGAACCCUAAACACCAUCACACCGUGUGCUGCGUGUAAGCUUUUACGCCGUAGAUGUGCUCAAGAGUGUCCCUUUUCACCCUAUUUCUCCCCACAUGAACCUCAAAAGUUUGCAUCUGUCCACAAAGUUUUUGGUGCUAGCAAUGUCUCCAAGUUGCUCAUGGAAGUACCGGAAAAUCAAAGAGCCGAUGCAGCAAAUAGUCUUGUUUACGAAGCCAAUGUAAGGCUAAGAGAUCCAGUUUACGGAUGCAUGGGUGCAAUUUCAGCAUUACAACAUCAAGUACAAUCUCUACAAGCUGAAUUAAAUGCAGUAAGAGCUGAGAUCCUAAGAUACAAGUAUAGUCAAGAAACACACCAUGAUCAUAAUAAUAUUAUUCCCUCAACUCAUCAUUUAGCUUUGUUUUCUACCGGGACUCAUGUGCCGGUUACCGCACCACCACCGCCAACGCCACCACCUCCAGCAACUCCUCUACCACCACCGCCUCCGCCGCCUCCCCCACCGCCUCCAUCUUCUUCCUCUUCUUCCAUUUACACCCCACCAUCCACCACCACAGAUUACAACACCAUUACCAAUGAUAAUAUCUCCUACUUUGGUUAAUAGAUAUAAUUUUAUGCUUAUUUUGAUUACAUAUAUGAUCCACCACGAAUUAAUAAUAAUAUUAGGUGAGAUGAUGUUGAGUAUAUUUAUUUAUCAUAUAUUUAUGACAGAUUAAUCAAUCCAUCUGUAUCAUCUUUAGAUUCUGUUGCUGUAUGACUUCUCAUUUUACAAAUAUUAAACCUGACUUUCUGUGUAUA